GUCCAACGUGAUGAUUGCUGGCUUUUACUCUGAAACCCACCCGUCCAUCUUGUUCCGCCUCGGUCGUCUGCAGUCAUCCACCUACCCCGUUCCUGUCUCUCCGGUCGCUCGUCGGAAUCGCUCGAGCCGCGCACAGUCACAAGGCGUCGCGCGCUCAGACGGUCCAAUCUUACGCAGCACUUUGAUGCGGGGGGAGAGGGGCAUUAGCACAAGGGACGAUGGUAGUCUUCAACACGACGGUGUCGAGUCUGAGCCCGCUGCUGCUGUUCGUACCACAGGCGCUCUGGUCGCUGUCCGACAACACCAGUACCAACGCAACCAGUAACACAGCCGUAGUGUCAAACUCGUCGCAGGGCAGGGCGAUGGCGUUACUGCAGUUCACGGGCACGGGCGUCUGGAUCUACGGAAAUUCUUCGUCCACAUCCCUUGACAACUGCGUUGUCGUGGUUGAUGGUAAACGGGAUUCAUGCAUAUCCGAGCUGGAUCCGGGAGACACGACGUCGAUGCUUCUGUACAACGGUAUCAGCCUCUCUCCGGGCAAGCAUAUCAUCGAACUGGUGAAUCUUGAAAAUCCCGAGGGAAAUAUUGUGGCGCUGGAUCACGCCAAGUUCGAGAGUAACAUUUCGGGCGCUAACGUUUCCCAAACUCAAGUUCAAGCAACGACCCUCGGAGGCAGCUAUCACGGAGUAUGGUCCAAUGCCACACAAGGGAGCAUAGCUAACUCGCCAACUUCAUCAAUGAGUUACAAUUUCACGGGUGCGGCCAUAUUCUAAAUUGCCGAUGUGCACGCCUCAAUGAUGACUGCAUCUAUUCUUGUGCCCA